AUGUCAGGCUCAACAAGCACCAAUCCCUCGGUCUUCCUGUAUGGACCAGGCAAUGCAAAGAUCCAGGACAGACCCGAGCCUCAGAUCACCGACCCAGCAGACGCGAUCGUGCGCAUCAAGUUCGUCGGUGUCUGCGGCAGCGAUGUCCACUUCUGGACACACGGCGGGAUCAACAACAAGAACGUCUCCGCCGAGCACCCACUGAUAAUGGGCCACGAAGCAUCCGGGACCAUCCAUGCGGUCGGCCCGUCCGUGACACACCUGCGCCCAGGCGACAGCGUGGCGAUCGAACCCGGCGUGCCAUGCCGGACCUGCACGCGCUGCAAAGAAGGGCUGUACAACCUCUGUCCGUCGAUGAAAUUCGCAGCCUGUCCGCCCGACACGCACGGCACGCUCACCAAGUACUUCAAGCUGUCCGCCGACCUGUGCUAUAAGCUGCCGCCGGGCGUGUCGCUGCAGGAGGGCGUGCUGGCGGAGCCACUGGCCGUCGCGGCGCACGCGGUGCGCAUGAUCGACGUGAGGCCCGCGAAAACGGGUUGUGUCGUCGUGUUUGGCGCGGGCACGAUCGGGCUGUUGUGUGCGGCUGUGGCGCGGCAAUUUGGGGCGAAGACCGUCGUGGCCGUGGAUUUGCUGCCGCACAAGCUUGAGUUCGCGCGGGGGUUUUGUGGUGCCAGGACCUAUGUCCCGGACUUGGGGAUGAGUCCGGAGGAGAAUGCGAAGCGGUUGAUUAAAGAGCAUGGAUUGGGGGAUGGUGCGGAUGCCGUGAUCGAGGCGUCCGGUGCCGAGAGCUCGAUCGUCACGGCUGUGCAUGUCCUGCGACCUGGAGGGCAUUGUGUGCAGACGGGACUGGGGAAGGCGGUGGUCGGGUUUCCCAUUCUCGCCAUGUCUGAGAAGGAGUUGCAUAUGCAUGGUGCGUUUCGGUAUGGGCCGGGGGACUAUCAGGUCGCAAUGGAUGUGCUCGAGGCGAGGAGUAUUCCUGUCAAGAGUCUGAUCUCUAGGAUAUUUGACUUCGACAAUACCACUGAUGCAUGGGAGGCGACGAAGAGAGGACAGGGGAUCAAGAAUAUGAUUCGUGGGUAUGGAUACAAAGAUCCUGCGAGGACGCAUUUAUAG